GAAAACUUGACUUGGAGUUGUAGGUGAAAGUGAAACUAACAUGAAGCCAGAGUUUAAGGGGAAAACCGUCCAUAUAACUCUACUUUGUUCGUGAGGACACAUCACAACAAAGGGCUGAGCACAGACAGAAAUCAUCCCAACAUGACUGAGUUCUCUACGAUCUACAAACUGAGCCUGGUGGCUGUUUUCUGCCUGGUCCAAGCGUGCAGCAGCAGCUGUCCGGUGUUGGAGUGCUGGUUUGUGCACGAGAAGGGUCGAGGAGGUUUAACUUCAGGUGGAAACCAGGAGAAAACCCUGCUUUACAUCUCUACUGACGAACACGGACACCCUGCAGAGUCUCAGAGAGCUCCAUCCGACGCCAACCCCGACAGAGUCUUCUUCAUUACAGACCCUGCCGGCACUCUCUGCCAGCCCUCUCUGAACCGGCCCAGCGGCUCGGCCAAGAAGUCCCAGUGUGAGAUCAACCCCUUCCUGCCGCACCCCUCCGACCUCAAAUGGGUCGCUGCACUCACAGAAUCCACCCUGAGCCCCUUAUACCUGCAAGCUGAUUGGUUUACAACCUCUCAUCAGGACUCCAAACAACAGCGGACCAUUUCCAGCAUCAUGCGUGCUCCCCCAGGAGCCAAAGAGCACAAUGUGAUCCUGAGCGUGACCAGUACAACCAUCAACGUUCAGGCCAGACUUGGGGAACCGGUGCAGCUGGACUGCAGCUACUGGGUGGACCCCUCCUCUCCGCUGUCCGGGUCCGGUUUCGCCGUAGAAUGGCGAUACCAGUUCAGAGGGGAUGGGCGACUGGUCCUGGCAUACGACGGCAAAAUGGACCGCGUGGCUGACAUACAAGAAGAGGGCGCCACGCUGGACUUUGAGGGUCUGCACGAGAAGGGAAAUGCUUCCCUGAUCCUGCAGGAGGCUAAAGUGCGUCACUCCGGGAUGUACAUCUGCACAGUGUACCUGCCGUACCUCGUGGCCCAGGUGGCGGUGGAGCUUGAGAUUGUUGAACCUCCGACCCUCUCCAUCUACCCCUCGCCUCUACCCCUCACUGUUCCCGGCCAGACUUUGAUCGUUCAGUGUGAGGCGUCCGGUUUUGCCCCCCUCUCUCUGGAGCUGAGCUGGGAGUUUAAAGGUACAGACGGGAAGUCCAGGCCUCUGGGAUCAGGCAGCGUAACGGGGCACAGGCAGGCCUGGGAUGGCACCUUCAGCCAGAGCUCCCGGCUGGAGCUCGACACCACUAACCUGGACCUGGGCAGAGGAGGGGAGGUCACCUGUGUGGGCGUUCAUCCUGGAGGCACACGACGGGCCAGCGUGACCCUCAAUGUCAUCGGGUUCAGUACUCCCUCCGUUGAGGACUCGAUGGCGAUGGUUGGUGUAGCACUGGUGCUCUACGGCCUCAUCAAGUUCGUCUCCUGGACCUUCACCAGCUCAGGACCAGAUGAGGCUGAUGAACAACACAAGAAAAAAAAUUAAAGAAGAAUGAAGUGUUCUGUUGGUGAAACAACAAACCUGCUUGUUUUUCAUUUCUUGGAGGAGGUUUCUAAAGUAACUGCUUCAUGCCGGCAGCUGCAUCUUUUUCUUUUCUUCAGCUAGCAUUGUGAUGAAUAAAUGUUCUCAAAGAGUUGUUUUGUUAUCAGAUCCAGACAGGGAUGGGCCCAUAGACUGUUUAAAGAAUGGACGGCAGAAUACCUCGCCUCAAGUGAAGCCAAGAGAUUUAGAGCUCCCCCUGCUGACUGGCCGCAGUAUAGGUCAUAAACCCCGCCUCCUCCAUGUUCACAGAUAGCACAUGGGUCAAACUAUUAAAUAUAAAUACUCUUCAAUAAACAUUUAUCAAACCUGUUUUCAUCAUGAUAGUUCAAAUCAAGCCGAUUUGUUUUCAGCUCGUCUUUAGUUUAAAAAAAAAUUAAUUAACGACCUCCAGGCCGCGGAGGUCGGAGCAGGCCGCGGAGGUCGGAGCAGGCCGUGGUGGUUGCUGCGCUUCAGGGACGCCGGGUGGUAGUCGUGCCAGAUCACCUCGCUGAAGGUUGGGGGAGCUCCGUCUACUGGCCUCCAUCCUGUUCUUGAGGAAGAGGCCGAGGCAGGCCGUCCAUUUACAGUCUAUGAUUGGGCUCAUUCAGUUCUGUGUCAUUUGUUUCUUUCUCUCUUCUUCAUAAAUAGAAAUAAUGUUUAGGAUAAGACAAACUGUGAUUCUAAGAUGCAGGGGAACAUUUUUGUAAAGACCCUCUACUCAGUUUAAACAACAUUCUUCAAUCGUCCACAUAUAGAGAUACAUCUGUUAUCUCUUACUGCUCAUGGCCUCACACAGUUUACGUGCUGUGUUGUUAUAUGUUGUUUGUCUCAAGCACUGGAAAAGAACAAGAAACCUGCAGGAGGGUUCAGAUAACAGCUUCAGUUUGAAUAUGGUACUGAUGACAUGUUAUUCUCCAACAUGUUUGUAGCUAUCAUCACUGAGGGAUUACAGAUGUGUGUGUGUGUGUGUGUGUGUGUGUGUGUGUGUGUUUUCUAUAGAAAUUGAAAAUUUGAAAAUGAGAAGGUCAUUAUAAUUGAUAUAUGACCACGUGGUCAAAACCCUCAACAGGAACCCUGUCAUUGUAAAUGAAGAGAAAAUAAUGUACGUUCUGAAAUUGUUAAUAUUGGCGGGUUUUUUCACGGCUGUGACACUUGAUGGUAAUAAUUAUGCUUCAGCUCUGAGAAAACGCCACAUCUGCAGCUCCCCACUCGACUAAGUGGAAAUAAAAUGAUGUGUUGAAA